AUGGCGGACGCCGUUGUUAGCCCCCUCCUUCAGAACUUGUCACAGCUUCUGCGCGAUGAAUUCAAGUUGCUUUCGGGCGUUGAGGACAAAAUCAAGUCCCUCUGCAAUGAACUCAAGUUUAUAGACAUCUUCCUCAAGAGCUCCAUUGGUAAGCGCAACGACGAGCUUGUCAAAGAAGUGGUCAACCAAAUCAGAGAUGUUGGCUUUAAGGCCGAGGACGUUGUUGGCAUCUAUGUUGCCAGCGUUGCCCAACAUAGAAGCAGAAACAUAAUCUGCAGGUUGUUCCAUUUAACACAACGUGUCAUGGUGCUUCGUGAAGUAAAUGAUGAGAUAGAGAACAUCAAGAACCGUAUUGAUAAGAUCUAUAAAAACAGGGAGAGAUACGGCAUCACAGAAGGCGCAUCCACAAGUGAAGAUGUUGAUGCUAUUGCUGCUGAAUCACUCCGCGAAAGGAGGAAGGACGUGGAAGAAAAAGACGUAGUGGGGUUCGUGAAUGACUCAAACUCCGUGAUUGAGAAGCUCAUGCAAGAAGGUGAUUCAGGUCGCAAAGUUGCUUCCAUAGUCGGCAUGGGAGGGUUGGGUAAGACCACUCUUGCCCGUAAGAUUUAUAACAAUGAUCAAGUGAAGAACAGCUUUCCUACUCGUGCAUGGGGUUAUGUGUCCAACGAUUACAGAGCGAGGGAGCUUUUGCUGAGCCUUCUCAAGUGUUUUCUGUCCACAUGGGAAUAUGAUGAUUUGUUCAAGAAGAAGGAAGAUGAAGUUGAAGCUAUUGCUACAAGUGAGGAAAAACUGAAGACAAAGGUGAGAGAAUGCUUGAAGGGGAAGAAGUACCUAAUAGUGCUUGAUGAUAUAUGGAAAACUCAAGUGUGGAACAAGAUAAAGGAUGCCUUCCCAGAUGAUGAUCACAGCAUUGGCAGAAUACUGAUAACUAGUCGUGAAAUGGAGGUCGCAAACUAUGUAGGAACCACAUCUCCCUAUCAUCUUUCCUUCCUCAACAAAGAAGAAAGUUGGCAACUCUUUUAUAAGAAAGUGUUUCGAGAUAAAGGGUGUCCUCCUGAUCUUGAGCCUCUCGGCAAAUCCAUUGUUGAGAGUUGCAAGGGCUUACCACUUCCCAUUGUGGUCUUAGCAGGACAUGUUGCAAAGAAGGAGAAAUCACAAAGAGAGUGGACAAGAAUCAAGAACAUCACUUGGCAGCUUACUCAAGACAAGAUGGAAGUGAUGGAUAUACUGAAGCUUAGCUACGACAGCCUGUCUCAAAGAUUGAAGCCAUGCUUUCUGUAUUUUGGAAUCUAUCCUGAGGACUAUGAGAUCAGGGCCAGGGAUGUGAUCCAAAUGUGGAUGGCUGAAGGGUUCAUUCAACCACGUGAAGCUGGAAUCCAAGGUGCAGCUGAACCAGAAGAUGUUGCAGAGUACUACUUGGAUGAGCUAGUGGAUCGGAGCUUGGCGCAAGUGGCAAGCAGGAAGAGCGAUGGGCGUGUCAAGACAUGUCGAAUUCAUGAUCUUCUCCGCGAUCUCUGCAUUUCAGAGAGCAAAUCAGAGAAGUUUGUGGAGGUUUGCAGAGAUCCGAACGACAUGGAUACCCUGAGCAAUGAUAACCCUCGUAGAUUGUCCAUCCAAUGCAAGGAAUGGUCUAAUUUCUCUACAAACAAUUUGAAUCAGUUGUGCACUCGUUCCUUGUUCUUCUUUUAUGAGGGGGAAGAGUUCCCAGAGGAUGUUCUUCUGAAAAGCUUCAAGUUGGCUCGCGUGAUAUAUUUCAAAACCGAAGGACACUACUAUAAGUCAGCAGCCAUGACUGAUUUCAAGAAAAUGAUCCAUCUAAGGCACUUGAGAAUAGAUAAAACGGUGAUUAGCAUUCCAGCUUCUGUACGCAACCUCAGGAAUCUAGAAACACUCGAUGUAGGCGGGGCAGAGAUGGUCUCCAACGAAAUUUGGAAGCUCAAGCAACUGAAACAUCUUUAUAUAAGGAUGUAUGCUUGGAAGGUAGAAAUCCUACCGAAAUUACAAAGGAAAAUAAAGGGAAACUUGCAAACCCUCUUUUUAAGAUGUUUUGAGGGUGAAGAUUUGGUGUCCCUGCUAAACAAUGACAUAUUUCCCAGGUUGAGAAAAUUAAUGUUUUCUUCGUAUAAUACUUCCCACGAACCCUUACCUAGUCUAAACCACCUCACCAAUCUCCAUAGCCUCAAAAUUAAUAACUGCCUAGAACUUCCAUCAGACGCAAAUGUUCCAUCAAAUCUUACCAAGAUAACCCUCCAAGAUUUCUCAGAUCCGGUGAAUGAACUCAUAUUUUUGAAGAAUAUGAAGAUUGUAGGGAAGCUUGCCAGCCUCCAAGUUUUGAAACUAAAAGAGAAUUAUUUUAAUGAUGUUUUAAAUGACCUUAAGGUUGGCGCUGGAGAGUUCCCACAACUAAAAGUGUUUAAGAUGAGUUCAGUUAAGGUCAAAAGUUGGAGAUUAGAGAAAGGUGCAAUGCCGUGUCUCCAAAAUCUGGUCAUCAAGAACUGCCGUUGGUUGGAAGAGAUUCCUGAAGAACUCUGGUCGUUGACUACCUUACGAGAAGCGCAGGUUUUGAACCCCAACAAAGAAUUAUCUGACAGACUCCGAAAUGUGGAGUUGAAGAACGGUUGUAAGCUCAUACUCUCGGGCCUUGCUUGGGAACUUACGUCCGAAGAAGAGGAUAUAAAUUAA